GAUGAUGAGUUGGAUAAAACUGAGGUGAUGACACCUGACACGCUUAAAGAAAAGCAGGAGGCCUCUUCACAGCUGAACCUCGGCCUUGCUGUCACCACGAGGAACAAAGUGAAUGAGGAAGUAGCUACAGCACAGCAGCAGCUGCAGCGUGAGGAGCAGAGGGAGGUGGAUGUUAAAGUGAAGAAAAGGCUGGAGAGCAAGAAGAAGUUUAACGACAUAGUGGCCAGGUUUGAGCAGAAGCUCCAGGGUGCAGGGCAGCAGAGCAGGAAGGACGCUGAGGAAGAUCUUCUGGACAGAAAAUCUUCUCUCUCCUGUGACCCUGAUGAUUCACUGAAAGUCAUUGAAAAGAUGGAUGCAGAGUUGAAAAUGAAAGAUAAUGAUGUGCAGACGCUGAAGAAAGAGCUGGAAACCAACAAAAAACAGAUCCGUCAGCCAUCAGCUGAUCAUGAGGACACAAGUCAGACUAUUGACGAGCUGAAGCAAACCCAAAGUCUGUUGGAGGAGAAGAAUACAGAGAUCAGGAAGAUCAGGAAAAAGUUUGAGAACGAACUCAAUGAGGAGAAGCGGAGACAUAACGAAGACCUGAAUUCACUGAAGAAGGAGCUUGAGGUCAAAAUCAAGAAGCUUGAAGACAACGUAAGUGAAGUCCAGCAGCAGCUGAAGGAUGAACAGCAGAGCAGAGAGGAAGCUGAGAAGACUGUGCAGACUCUGAUGAAUGAAUUGGAGAAUAAGAACAAAGAGCUACAAGAGUCCAAGUGUCAGUUUGAGUCUCUCAAGGAGCAAACCAGAAGACAGUUGAGUGAACUGAAAGAAAGACACAAGGAGGAGCUGCAGAAAACCAAAGAAGAAGCUGAGGAGGCUAUGAAAGAAUGUGACAUUGCUGGAGAUGAACAUUUGGUGCCAUCAAAGCCGGGCCAAGCAGUGGACAAUGUCUAAAGUACUGAAACAAAUAAUGAUGUCAUGGGCCAAAAAGGUGCCCCUGAAUUUUAUUUAACCCUUUAAUGCCUAGUGCAUCAUAUUUCAUGCAUACAGUUUGGUUUUUUUUGCCAG